GCAGCCACUUCAAUGGGAACUUUGGCUUGUUUUCAGCGGGCGCGCGUUCGCGUUUUAGAUGCCAAGUUUGUCCCAGCCGCGCCGCCGUCGGAUUAUAAAUGGCGGCGCCCGCGCGCUCUCAGGAGUGACGCCGUUCCCGGCCCUCAUGGCUGAUUUCGAGCACUGGAAAGCGCAGCGCCUCUCGCGCGCGGACGAGAGCCGCAAGGGCAGCGUGGACGAGCCCAUCGAGGACCUGGUGCGGCUCCUCAACGGCCGCGAGAGCUUCUGCACCACCAGCUCGUGCUCGGGGCGCGUGGUCGUCCUGGAGCAGCCACCGGCGCCCCGCCCCCCUCCGCGCGGCCAGGCUACCACAGGCUUUGAAGUACAGAAGCAAAAUUGUACCUGGCUCAUGGUGACCCAUCAAAUUUGUACAAUAGAAGACGUGCUUACAGCAUUGCAGAAAGCUAAAGAGGAUGCCGUAUUCAAAUUUGAACCAUUUGUACUUCACGUGCAGUGUCGAGAACUGCAAGAUGCCCAACUUCUGCACACUGUAGCCAUAGAAGCCGGGUUCAGGAACUCUGGUAUAACCGUUGGCCGAAAAGGAAAGAUCAUAAUGGCUGUGCGGAGCACCCAUUGCUUGGAAGUUCCACUAAGCCAGAAAGGAAAACUGAUGGUCAGUGAAGAAUAUGUGGAUUUUGUCGUCCAAGUUGCUAAUCAAAAGAUGGAAGAAAACAGGAAAAGAAUUGACAGAUUUUACAGCUCUCUACAGAUUGCAUUGGAAAACAGAGAUCAAUCCAGUAGUUUGCUUUUUGAGGAGAAAGAAAAAAGCAAUGCUACGGACUCUUACAGAAGAAAAGGGAAAGCUAAAGGAACCUCUAAUAAUAAAGACAGAUGUCUUUCUCCAGGGAAACAUGCAGGAUUUGAAAGUGACAAUGAGACACAAAGCAAUAUUAAUGUGUUGCAAGAAGCAUAGUACAAAGUAGACAUAUCUGUAUUGUGUUAGUAUAAUGUUUUAUUUUGUACUGCUCUUUGUAAGAGCUUAGGGUCUUAUUAUGCUUUAGAAAGUGGCAUAUUCUUAAUACAUCUGUGGUUAUGAAGUUAUGGCCAAAGCUAUUCUUAAUAAUCUUAUAUUAAGUUACAGGCAAAGUAAUGAAGUGCCACAAUUGUAGGUGAACAUGAAAAAUCCCAUGGAUUUUCAAUAAAAUACUGGUAGUAACUUA